GUUACGACAGAAGGUGCUGUUCCUUUAAGCGGAGACUUCCUAAAACAAGCACGACACGAAAGGAGCAGAUAAACAACAACUGCCGGGGGUAGAAUAACCUCGAAUAGACCGUUUACCGGGAUUAAUCUUGUUCAUACAAACGACGGAUCUUUAAGGUGUGUCAGAGCACAAUUUCUGCUGAUUUUGCAUAUCAAAAAUCCCAGAACACUGUUGAAAGCCAUUGCGGAAGUAAACCCAACCUCGAAGUGAGAAGGGAGAAUAGGGGGACACCAAGUGGACUCAACGGAGAAAGACUGCGCGCGACCUUCUGUAUGGGAGAGAUGUACGGAUCGUCAGGAAUGCCAGAUCUGAUUCCAUCGAAUGGCCCGCGACAGCCUGGUCCGGCCGGCCAGUUCAACCCGGGACAUAGGCAGGUAGCACAGAAUGGGCAUGAGAGGCCCAACCCCCAGAGACUAGGGCAGCGGGCGCCCAAGCUUGGACAAAUUGGUCGUUCCAAGAAAGUGGACCUAGGGGAUGAGGACGUGGAUGACAUCAUGAAUAAUAAUGGCCAAUAAUAAUGUUCCGUGUCCCUCAACCUCUCACCCAUCUCCUAACCACACCACAUGUGCCAAUGAAGAUCUUCGAAGCCAAACUCAGCUGAAUCAAUUUGACCUUGAUCAAUCAACUUUACAAGUGACCUCCCCUGAAGCUUGGCCUAGGAUAUCAUAGCUGAAAAGCUCAUCGUGGCACAUUGAGGGACAGUUCUAUUGCCGGAAUUCUAGACAUUAGUUCUAGACAUUCAUUUUAGGAUUCUAUAGACCUUUGCAUCAAAAGCUUGUAUAUUGCGGUUAACUUGUCUGUUGUUAUACUGUGAAUGAAUUGUACUGAAACUUGUUCUGCUCUUAUUACCUCUGUAGUGGACUAUCUGCACUUGGGAAAGUACAGUGUGGCUUGUCUUUAAAGCUUCUAAAGGGCUACAUUUGAAAAAAGUUGCACUCUUUAAAUGAUAAGGUAAAAUGAAAUGGAGUAGGAGUGCUGAUCUAGGAUCAGGUCCCCACUUGUCUAUAGAAUCUUAUUUAAUAUCAUCUAAAAGGCAAGUCUGAUCUUAGAUCAGCACACAGAGGCUAUGAAUACAGUUUUCUUCUUGGUUACUGAUUUUACAAGGUGGAUAUUUUGUAGAAGAUGGCAGGACGGAAGCCUGUUAACAUGUAACGUACAGGUGGAACAUUGAGUUACUGACCGUUGUGAUUUAAUCUAAAUCUGUGGUUCUCUCACCUUGUGGAGUAUCAGGUUACUGCUGAAUGAUCACUGUUUUGGAAUGCAGGGACAGUUGGAAAAGGUUACUACUGAUCAUUUAUAUUUACAAAAAAAAUAUUGUUUUGGUUUAUUACCUUGUUUUAAAUCAAUUAUGGAUGGCUAUUAUUUUCCAGCACAUUUUUUUUAGAGUUGAUAUAAUAUAUGGUUUAUGUUGUUUUUCUUAUGUUAUUGCGUAAUGGUGCACUUUGUGGGAAUGACUGUUAAAUAUGUGACGAUGAAACUUUACAUAUUUCUAUGCACGGAUUCUAUUUAAGCAUCAAGUCGGGGCAUACUUCCUGUCCAGAAGGGCUACUUUCUUCUUCGUUUAAAUGUUUUUAUCAUAAAGGCUGAGUCCCAAACGGCACCCUAUUCCCUACAUAGGUCCUAUGGGCCAUAGUCAAAAGUAGUGCACUAUAUAGGGAAUAGGGUACCGUUUGGGACAUAUCUAAUAUUUCAUGUGGACUAUAAGGACAAUGUUGACCUAACUAAUGCCUGUAACUUUCUUGUACACUGGUCACUACUUUCAGUGAAACAUUUCAUUUCACAGCAUAGCUAAUAGUGACGCUGUCAUGAUCACAUGGCUUAAAUGGAUGGAAUUGUUAUGUGCAUUGGUAAUGUUUGCAUGAAAAUGUGAUGAUUUUUGCAUAAUAAUUCAUUAUUGGUAAUAAAGGAGGGAAGAGCUUUUCUUUUUUAAUGGAA